AUGGCGUCGCCAACUCAUAGUGCUGAAAGUUCGUCAACUCCAAGUGAUGCGUCGUCGCAAAGCCGUGAUUGCGAGCUUGAGUUGAAUUACGAGUCUUCUGACUUCGAUGUCGAGGGUUCAUCGGUUGACGGAGGUAUACGGCCCUACCAAUUUGAGCCCGAAUUUAACGACGACAGUCACAGUGAUUCUGCUGAAGAAAACGAUGUCGGUGAUGCUUUGGGCGAUCGCCUGAAUACUACCGAGUGCACAAUCCCUCAACAUGCCAGCCUCGCUCUUGAAAACCGAAACGCGCAUCUGCCAAGGAUUACGGUUGAUGCAGUAAAGAAGUUACAGGCUACUUUACGAUACAAGACUGAUGCACGAAUUGACGAUACUAUUAGGAAACUUGACCGUCAGUUAAGAACUCAGAAUUUUAAAAUGGCUGAGGAGAAAAGAAUUGUAUCAGAAAUCGAUGCUCUAAAAAGAUCCAAGAAAGUACUAAGAGAAUUUUUGGAGAAACAAAGUGAAAUUGACAUUAUACGAGAAACGAGAACUGAACUGAAAGCAAAUAGAGAUUUUUAUUUUAAAUCAGUAUUUACGAUCCGAUCUCAGGAAGAGAGUAUUAAGAAAGAGCUUAAUAGAAUGAAACGUGAAGAAGAUGAAACUUGGGCUAAGUAUAAAGAAUCUGGACAACUGAGAGAAACACUGAAAAAAGAAAUUGACAAGCUUUUUGAGAAAAAGCGAGAAAUCAUCAGUACUUAUAAGCAGCAGCAAAAUGAAUAUUUUGAAUGGAGCAAGACGGAAAAACAUAAAAGUUACUUGAAACGAGAAGAGGAGAGACGGUUUGUUCAGGAAACCAAGCAAAAAGAGAUAGAUGAAUACAAAGCCACACGUUUGCCAUAUGAAGAUGAUAAAUUAUUGAUAAGUACUUUACUGAAUUAUUUACAUCGUAAUGUAAACUUAGAAGACUCAAAUGCUAAUGUGUCGGCUGCUGAUAGCAGUGAUGAAUCUUCACAAAGGUCUGUGACCUCAAUUGGAGAUGAAGUGAAAGAAACCGAUGGUGACUUCCAUAUUCUCAGGAAGAAGUCUGCUGAUGAUAUGACUGAAAUGUAUUCUGGAUUCUCUGGGAAAAGAAAGAAAAGUAGCAAUAAAAAAAAACGCAAUUCUUGGCUGAAUAAACCUUUGAAGCAUUCUCCGGAAAUCUUCACUCAGUUUUCUCAGUUAGGGCUUACUGCUCCUGCUACUGUUGGUGAAAUGUCGGCUAUCAUUGAGGCAUUAACAAAAAAGAAAGAACAAUUUGACGAUCUUUCAACCCAACCAAGACCAAAAAGAGUGCUUUCAAUGGUUGAAGAAGAGAAACUGAAAAGUGCCUUCCCAGUUGAAAGUGGACAGUUUGAUGAUGCAAUUGAGCCAGACGAAAUGGCUGAUUUCCCGGAACUUGUUCCUGGAAAUGCUCCUCAGAUGGAAACCAGCCAAGUAAAGUGGGGACGUAAUUACGAUAAUAAUUGCAACAGCUUGAGUGAUGAACCCUCUGAAGUCACUUUGGUUGAAGCAGUUUUGGACAAUCUAGUUGGUCAAAUCAAUUCUUUGGAUAUAGACGACACUAACGUCAAUAACGUGGCUGAUGUCUCUCAAGACAACAGUAAUUUACAGGGAUCGCGCAAUACAAAGGCUCCACAAGAUGAUAACUCUUCCAGUCGCAAUUCAUCUCAGCACAAUGUACAUGAAAUCAACAACAUGGAUGGAAUAAAAGACUCUUACGAUUCCAUAGUUAACUUCAGUAACCUUGACAACGAUGUGCGUGAUGUGGUCAGUGUCAUUUCAAAGGAAAGAUGCACUGAUUUCCAGGAUAAUCUACACCCCUGUGACUUCGUUGUCCAAGAUUCUAUUUAA